CUGUCUGCCAGCCAGUGAUUCAUUCCGCAGGGACGUGGGGAAAGCAGUGGAAAAUCUAAUUCCGCCGUUAUUGUACAGUGUGUUGGACAGAGCAGAUAAACAGCUGCUCAUAUGUCCUCCAGUUACUCGAUUCUUCUAUGGCCAUAGGGAGUUCUCCUAUAAGCUGUUAAUCCAAGGGGACUCCUCAGGGAGGCUGUGCAUUUGGAGUGUGCCUGAUGCUCUCGAACAACAGGACAGCGCUAAAGGACUGCCGACAACAACUUCAGUGUCCCUCCAGGAAGCCUUUGACAAGCUUACCCCUCGCCCCGCGGGCAUUAUAGACCAACUGAGCUUGAUACCAAACCUCAACGAGCCGCUGAAGGUGACGGCCAGCGUGUACAUCCCCGCGCACGGGCGCCUGGUCUGCGGCCGGGAGGACGGCAGCAUCGUCAUCGUGCCGGCCACGCAGACCGCCAUCGUGCAGCUGCUGCAGGGAGAGCACAUGCUCAGGAGAGGUUGGCCACCUCACCGCACGCUCCGAGGCCACCGCAACAAAAUUACGUGUUUGCUGUAUCCUCACCAGGUUUCCUCUCGGUAUGACCAAAGGUAUCUGAUCUCAGGUGGUGUGGAUUUCUCAGUCAUCAUAUGGGAUAUAUUUUCUGGAGAGAUGAAACAUAUCUUCUGUGUGCAUGGUGGAGAAAUUACGCAGCUGCUAGUUCCACCUGAAAACUGUAGCGCCAGAGUCCAGCACUGUAUCUGCUCCGUUGCCAGCGACCACUCAGUGGGUCUUCUGAGCCUGCGGGAGAAGAAAUGCAUCAUGCUGGCAUCCCGGCACCUUUUCCCUAUCCAGGUCAUCAAGUGGAGGCCUUCUGAUGACUACCUGGUGGUGGGGUGUUCGGAUGGCUCCGUGUACGUCUGGCAGAUGGAUACUGGUGCGCUGGACAGGUGUGUGAUGGGGAUCACGGCGGUGGAGAUCCUGAAUGCCUGUGACGAGGCGGUCCCGGCGGCAGUGGACUCGCUGAGCCACCCGGCCGUCAACCUGAAGCAGGCCAUGACCCGGCGCAGCCUGGCUGCUCUCAAAAACGUGGCGCACCAGAAGCUGCAGACCCUCGCUACCAACCUGCUCGCCUCCGAAGCCUCUGACAAGGGGAAUUUACCCAAAUAUUCCCACAACUCCCUGAUGGUUCAGGCCAUAAAGACUAACCUAACCGAUCCCGAUAUCCACGUGCUCUUCUUCGACGUGGAAGCCCUGAUAAUUCAGCUGCUGACCGAGGAGGCCUCCAGGCCCAACGCUGCCCUGGUUUCUCCGGAGAACCUGCAGAAAGCCUCUGGUGGCUCGGACAAGGGCGGCUCCUUCCUGGCGGGGAAGCGAGCGGCCGUCCUCUUCCAGCAGGUCAAGGAGACCAUCAAAGAGAACAUCAAGGAGCAUCUGCUGGAUGACGAAGAUGAGGACGAAGAGUCGAUCAGGCAGAGAAGAGAAGACGGCGACCCAGAAUAUCGCUCCAGCAAAUCCAAGCCCUUAACUUUACUAGAAUACAAUCUGACCAUGGAUACGGCAAAGCUCUUCAUGUCCUGCCUUCACGCCUGGGGCCUGAACUCGGUUCUAGACGAGCUUUGCCUCGACCGCCUUGGCAUGCUGAAGCCCCACUGCUCGGUGUCCUUUGGCCUCCUGUCCCGAGGGGGCCACAUGUCCCUGAUGCUCCCUGGCUACAACCAGCCCCUGGGCAAGCCAUCGCUGGGCCGGAAGAUGUCGGUGACGGAGGGGCUGGGAAAGGGGACGUACGGCGUGUCCCGCGCCGUCACCACCCAGCACCUCCUGUCCGUCAUCUCGCUGGCCAACACGCUGAUGAGCAUGACCAACGCCACUUUCAUCGGGGACCACAUGAAGAAAGGUCCGGCCAGGCCACCAAGACCAGGCACUCCUGAGAUGGCCAGAGCGAAGGCGCCCCCUUCCAUUUCAAGUCACGUAGCCCAAGGACAAAUUAAACAAGCAGUCGCUCCCGCUGUCUCCUCCAGCGCUGAAGCUGGGCACUCUGCCUCUGACGCUGCUCCUCCUUUCCAUUCCUGUUUCUUAGUCAACGAAGGAUGGAGCCAGCUGGCCGCUAUGCACUGUGUGAUGCUGCCCGACCUGCUGGGACUGGACAAGUUCAGGCCUCCGCUGCUGGAGAUGCUGGCUCGCCGCUGGCAGGACCGCUGCCUGGAGGUGCGAGAAGCUGCCCAGGCCUUGCUGCUGGCAGAGCUGAGGCGGAUCGAGCAGGCGGGUCGGAAGGAAACCAUCGAUGCGUGGGCUCCGUACUUACCGCAGUACAUGGACAGCGUUAUAUCGCCCGGAGUGACCACAGAGGCCAUGCAGAGCGGCACCGCCAGCCCCGACUCCCUGGGGACAGAGGCCAAGGUGCAGGAGGAGGAGCACGAUCUGGUGGACGACGACAUCGCGGCAG